AUGCUUUUCAACAGCAUAGCCCUUUUCGCUUCUUUUCUGGCGGCAUCGGUCACAUCGGCUGCGGCUCUCGGAUCGUCUUGUUCUGCUGCUCUUGGAUCAGGCAGUGCCGCGGCCGGUGAUCCCUACUGGCAGCAGAGCAUCACCCACCAGGGAACUGCACCAUAUGCAGGGUCGGGAUACAAGGUAUUCCGCAACGUCAAAGACUACGGUGCCGUAGGAGACGGCGUUCACGACGAUACUUCGGCGAUCAACGCGGCGAUUGCGGACGGUGGCCGAUGUGGCUCGGGAUGUGCUGGGACCACACUGACGCCUGCUACGGUGUACUUCCCUCAGGGAACUUACCUCGUCAGCGCACCUCUCAUCGCGUACUACUACACCGAACUCGUCGGCGAUGCCAAGGUCCUGCCGACCUUGAAGGCUUCCGCUGGCUUUGCCGGGAUCGCUGUCAUCGACGUUGACCCAUACAUUCCCGGAGGCAACAGUGCUGAGUGGUAUCAGAACCAGAACAACUUCUAUCGGAGCGUGCGCAACUUCAGGAUCGACUUGACUGCAGCUGCGUCAAGUACUGGAUUACAUUGGCAGCUAUCUCAGGCGACGUCACUCUACAACAUCGUCAUCGAUAUGACGACAGGUGGGCAACAACAGGGAAUCUAUAUGGAAAACGGAUCCGGAGGCUUCAUGGGUGACCUGGUCUUCAACGGAGGGAAAUACGGCGCGUACUUUGGAAACCAGCAGUUCACAGCUCGUAACUUGACUUUCAACAACGCGAACACGGCUAUCUAUGCGAACUGGAACUGGGGUUGGACGUUCCAGGGGCUUACCAUCAAUAAUGCUCAGGUCGGCUUCGAGAUGAACAUCGGAGACAUCAGUGGGACACCUCAAGGAGUAGGAGCGGAGGCCAUCAUCGAUGCAGUCGUUACCAACACUCCUGUUUUCCUCCGGCGUACGAAAACCUCGAGCACCCUUGAUGGAUCCAUCGUCCUGUCGAACAUCAAGCUGACGAGCGUUCCGACUGCCGUGGGCGUGGAUGACGGCACUGUCCUUCUCGCCGGUGGCACCACGACCAUCGAUACUUGGAUCCAAGGCAACGUCUUCUCGGGCUCCAGCUCGGCUGCCACUUACAAGACUGGUACCUCUGGUGCUAUCAACAAGCCUUCGUCCCUACUCGACUCCGGUCGCAUUCUCAGCAAGGGCCGCCCUACCUACGCCAACUACGCUGUCAGCGAGUUCGUCAGCGUUAAGAGCAAUGGCGCGAAGGGAGACGGAACAACCGACGACACAGCUGCGCUCCAGGCUGUCUUUGACAAAUAUGCCGGUUGCAAGAUCAUCUACUUUGACGCCGGCAUCUACGUCAUUUCCGAUACCCUUCGCAUCCCGGCUGGUGUACAGGUUGUCGGCGAAGCUUGGACUACCAUUAUGGCCAGCGGCUCUGCGUUCAGCAGCAUCUCCAGCCCUAAGGUUGCUGUACAAGUGGGCACGUCAGGCUCUACUGGAGUGGCCGAGAUCUCUUCCAUCCUCUUUACGACGCGUGCUCCUGCCGGUGGUGCAAUUCUCGUCGAGUGGAACGUGCACGAUCCAACUGGAAACCAAGGAGCGGCUGGCAUGUGGGACACUUUGUUCCGUCUUGGAGGGGCCAAGGGCACGAACAUGCAAACCGAACAAUGCGGCAACUUGCUAGGCGCCAACACUUCCCCGAGCUGCCAAGCUGCAUUCCUCGGACUUCACCUGACCAAGUCAUCGAGCGCAUACCUUGAGAGUACAUGGGUGUGGUUGGCUGAUCAUGAUGUAGAAGGCGGGACCAACGUCACUCUCUUCAGUGGACGUGGCAUUUUCUCCGAGAGCCAGGGCCCAGUUUGGAUGAUAGGUACCGCGUCUGAACAUCACGUUCUCUAUCAGUACAACAUCGCCAACGCCGCGAAUCAUUACAUCGGCCUCGCGCAGACCGAGAGCGCCUAUUUCCAACCGACGCCCAAGGGGCCCACUCCUUUCACGAUCGAGUCCGCCUAUAGCGACCCCGCACUCCCCAGCGACGGCAUGGGCUGGGCGAUGACGAUCUCUAACUCAAAGGACAUCCUCAUAUUUGGCGCCGGCUUUUACAGUUGGUACGACAACUACGACGGCUCAUGCGUAACGCCGGACACAUGCCAGACCCAGAUCUUCAACAUUGACUCAGCGAGCUCAAACAUCGGUGUUUACUCAUUGAACACCGUUGGUACCAGCGGCUCGCUCAGUGUAAACGGGAACGUCGUGAUACAAGCGGCCCCGCUGAAGAACGGUCUGAGUAACACUGUGACGGUUUGGACGCAAGGCGCGUCGGGCCAAACGUCUCCGACCACAACUACGUCUUCAGCCUCAAAACCGACUACGAUCACGUCUUCGGCUUCGAAAACGGCUACUACGGUCACCUCUUCGACCUCAAAAUCUACUACGACCACAUCUGCGGCUUCAACGACAACGUCUGCAACCAGUUCCAGUCCGUGCGCGGGUGUCGCGGCUUGGUCUUCGACGGCUGUCUACACCGCCGGGAUGAAGGCUACGUACAACGGAUCACUGUACACUGCUAAGUGGUGGACUGAAGCAGACAUUCCAACUGGCGCAUCUGACGCCUGGGCUUUCACCAGCACAUGCUGA